UUGCAGAACCAACAUAUUAGUCUAGUGUUGGUGUGCAUUUGUAUCGUGUUGUGCGUUGGACUUAUUGUUUUGCCCGAGGAACGAAAUUUGGAUUAACACUAUGAGCUCUUUCGCAGUAUUAUGUGUCUGCCUCUGCUUGGCCCGAGGCUCCUUGGCGGCCGUGAUCCCUGCAGCCCCGGUGUAUCCCUCCGGCGUGUCUUUCGCCUCCCCGUACGCAGCUUUCUCAGCCCCGUUCGCGCCUGCCGGGCCCGCACUCCCCCUCCGCACGGCCGCCCCCCUCGCCGUCGCCCCCGCCCCCGUAGCCCCCGUAGCCCCUGUCGCCCCGGUCCCCGUCGUGCGGACAGCCCCCGUGAUCCCCGCCGUCCCUGCCAAGCUGGAGUUCGCCGACGCCUACCCGCAGUACCAGUUCGCCUACAACGUCCAAGACGCCAUCACCGGCGACUCCAAGGUUCAGGAAGAGUCGAGGGAAGGCAAUGUCGUCAAGGGCUCCUACAGUCUUAUUGAACCCGACGGUAGCCGCAGGACCGUCAACUACUUCGCCGACCCCGUCAACGGAUUCAACGCCAUCGUUCAGAGGGAUGUCCCUACUGUCCCUGUCGUCCGCGCCGUUCCUGCCGCUAUCCCUGUUUAAUUCGCGCACAUUGGAUUGCAUACCUUGACUUUUGCAGGAGCUCAUCAUGCAACUGCUCAUAUGUCUGUUAUAUUUUAGUGCAUAGUACGCUCAGAAGGAAGGGUGCGUUACGUGAGUUGACGCUGUUGCGCUAGUCACAUAAUCGUAUUUUGAUGGUUUAAGCUUGUACAUUAACAAAAAAUAAUAAGACCCGUUUAAACGUCAAUUUUUGACGUCAAAUAUUAACGGAGGUAUUGCUUAUCGAAAAUUAUGGUGUCACAAACCGCGGUGGUGUAUACCAUGGUUUCUACCAUAUUGAUUUCAUCAAUUGGACUACAUUUUGCAAUUUGGAACUAUGAAUUGUACCCCGACUUAAAAACAACGUAUGUGCCAUUAGUUUCCCAAUUCACAUAAGUGUUUUUCCAGAGGAGCCAGAAUUUAUAGUUCCAAAUUGCAAAAUGCAGUCCAAUUAGUGAUACACACAUUUGCACUACUGAAAAACACGCACAAAACCAAGGUAGGAAAGUAUGGUAGGUAUUCUUUACCAGGGUGGAUGGCCUCUUACGCCCUGUUAUUUGAUGAGCAUAUCUUCUUUAAUAUCAGAAUUUGGAAUUUGCCGUUUAGAUACGUGUUCUUUGUUUUUGCGCCUAAACCAUCAAAACACAAUUCUGCUGCAACAAAGCAAAAAUCGAAAAAUAUCCUAUUGACUUUACAAAAAAAACCAUUAUUCAAGAGUAUGCUUCAUUAGAAUUCCAUAUGAUCUCACAAAAAAUUCAAUGAAAUAAACGAUGUCUUGAAAAGUAAAACGCAUUUCUCCGACUUGAAAAAUCUAGUUUGCGUUUACGUUAUAGCUUUUUUUACUUGCAAACUCCCCCCCCCCAUCUUCGAUGUAUAAAUCCAAAAUUCUUUUUAUUUACAUUUUACCAACACUUUUACAGUCAUCAAAAUUUUAUCAUAUGAUGAUUAUGCCAUAGUCAAUUCUAUUUUCAGGAGGUCCAUAGGCCGGUGAUUGUAAUUUUACUUUCAGCCACAGUGCAAUAAUUUUACACAUUUUUCAUCAUUCUUUCUUCCCUCACAAAUCGAGCAGGUUUGAAAUUAUUUGUAAAACCUCUUUAUCUGAAUCGUAUGAAUGAAUCAUAUUUCUGCUGUGAUUUCCAUACCAACAUGUAACGAUAAAGUGUACAGCCUAAGUUAGGUUCUGUCUGUAGUUUUUGUAAAUAAAAUGCUAGUCGAUUAAUAAUUUU